UCCUCCUCUGAUGAAAAAAAUGCAGUUUUCAUUCGGAAAACUGCAUUUUUCGCCCUCACUCUAACCUCUCACUUGAUUUUGUUAAAAUCUAUGAAUUUUGCUUUCAAAAAAGACUGGAAGUUAUUUACAAAUUUUUACCCUUUUCUCUGAACCGUCAGUCAGAUGGGGUGUACAUGUGAUACUAAAGUUUCCGCGCGAAAUGGCUUGGAUAUCUCUCAGCGCGAUGAGUGAAAAAAGUGGGGGUCGCAAUACACUAUUCAUCUUUUAAAUGAAAAAGAGAUGAAAAUGCGAAUUUCUCUCAUAUUCUGGAAAAUCAAGAUACGCUUUUUUGAUAAUUUUUUAAACUUUUUUUAGCAUCAUCGCAAGUUUUUCUGGUAUAUACAAUAAUUAAUGAUCAAAGAAAACGAGAAAUACGUGAAAAACGUGCAUAUUCUGAUCAUUCAAAAACUAGUUGUACAGCACAAGAACGACAGGAGACAGCCGUUAAGCUUUCUUAUAAUUACAAUUUUCACUCAAACCAAGCAAAAAUUGUUGUUGAUAAUAUGACAUUUUUAUCAUCGUUUGUCGUCCCAUUUCAUCUGGCCUAUUCGCCACUGUGUGCAUCAGAAUCAUGUCAAAGUGAGCUGAAAGAGAAGUGUCAACAACGGUUCGAUGCAGGAAUAGGCACCGAAAUUUUAUUUACAUUCACUGAUGAUAAUGGACGUUUAUUCACUUUUAAAGCAGCACUGUCAUCUGCUUCACAACAGCCACCACCAAUUUCUGGCAGCACGGCUACAACUGCGAAAUCAUCAGCGCGAAAACCUGAAUUAGAAAAAGGUAUUAGAUUUAUUUCGAAGAAUCCACCAGCUGAGGCAGUACCUGCUGCGCUACCAUCAACAACUGCAACAACAAAUCGUAGAUGGUUUUCCGCAGUUCCAUUAAUUGCUUUAUGCUCUCUCGGGAUAUUGGGUUUGCUAUUAGUAGCAACUAUUGUUGUAGCCUUGAUACCUGUGUAUCUAUCAAAACGGACAGUGGCACAUCAGGCUAACCUAAGUAAGUCAGAGACUACAUAUUUCUUAUGAUGGGUUGUAAUCAUCCGCGAAAGAUUUGCGUGUCUCCUAGGGGCAUUCGUCUCACCAGCUGAUAUUAUAGAACACAUCGAAAAACAGGACGAGCACUGUUCGUGCUAUAUCGCUUCAUAAAAAGGCUGAUUAUGUCCCGUUUUCUGAUGUCAUUUCCCAACACCUGCAGAGCAAGGACCCUUUUUUCAGCCCUCAUUUUUUCUAAUCCGUCACCCGUUCGUC